UCUCCGAGUGCGUACGCGGGUGACGAAGGGAAGGGCGACCAGCCACACGAUACGCGCAAACGUGCGCGCUUCACUGCGCGUAGCACAGGGCUGACAGACCAGUGACGGCGGAAACGUUUCGGUUUGAGAAAAGCUUUAAUUCAUUAUGGCUGGUCCUUUCUAUUUAAUUUAUCAAUGUUACAUCUACUACAUUGUUUUUAAAUGGAGAAAUGCACGCCAUUUGUAUCUACACAUUGUUAUUAAACAAAACUACAUCGAUCAUCAACAUCAUCACUGAUCUACCCGUGCGCGCGAUAGCGUCUGCUUGCCCACGACUGGAGUUGACAUCUGCGCGCGACCGCACGACGUUGCUAUCUAGAUUUUGUUAAUCCGCUUGCUUCGCCAGCUUCAGCGUUCGCCGCCCGCCAUGUACUACAUGAGAUUGAAGCUUUUGCUUCUUGCACAGAAGUUCUUGCUGCUGCUGCUCUUGCAAAGGCGGCGGGAACGCAGAAAGCGUCUGCAGCGACGUUGGUGGGUCCGGCCCGUCUUUCAACGGCGUAAAGAAGAAGGACUUUACUAUACGGCUAUGCAACGAAUGCGUCAGGGUGAACAUGGAUUUUUCUAUAAGUUCUUCCGCAUGACGCCGCAGCUUUUUGACAAGCUAUUGAGCUUUGUCGCAGAGGACCUCACACGGCAGCACCACAUUCGAGAACCCCUGGAGCCUGGAGAACGACUUGCUAUAGCAUUGAGCUACUUGGCAUCCGGGCAAGACAUAAAAGACGUUGCCUUGGCUUACCGUGUGGGGAUUGAGACGGCUAGAGUGUGCAUUCAUGUGGGCUGUCGAGCAAUCUGGGCAAGGCUCAAAGACCACUACAUGAAGGUACCAAGCACGUCUGAGUGGGCGCAGAUUGCCGAUGGAUUUGCCGCACAGUGGCAGUUCCCAAACUGUUUGGGAGCAGUUGACGGAAAACACGUUGCCAUAAUUGCUCCUCGGAAUUCUGGCAGCUUGUACUUCAACUACAAGGGCACCUUUUCUGUGGUGUUGAUGGCUGUUGUUGACAGCAACUACAAGUACAUCAUGAUAGAUGUUGGAGCAGAAGGCCGACAUAGCGAUGGUGGUGUCUUCCAGAACUCCACAUUUGGAAAAGCCCUUCGACAGGAGCGCCUCUCUGUGCCUGCUUUUGCUCGACUUCCUGGAACAACGGCCACUGUUGCACCUUUCACCUUCAUUGGGGACGAGGCAUUCCAGCUGCGCAGCGAUUUUAUGCGUCCAUUUCCAGCAAAGCAGCUGAAUGAUGCACGAAGGGUGUUCAACUACCGACUGAGCCGAGCACGGAGGUGCGUGGAAAAUGCCUUUGGCAUCACGGCAGCCCGGUGGCGCAUACUCCUCCGAACCAUGCCUUUGCAGCCUGAGAAUGUUGACUUUGUCGUCAAAGCAGCUUGCAUCUUGCACAACUUCCUGUCCAUCCUUAAUCCAGACGUGCAUCAUUUCACAGACAGGGAGGACAGUUUUGGGAAUGUUGUGCCGGGGCACUGGCGGCAAGGCAUGCCAAGGGAUGGCUCGGAGCAGGGCUACUUUCCACUUCGCACCACACGUGCCAGAAACUUUGAAGCUAGAGCUGUGGAUGCCAGAAAUCUUCUGAUGGCGUACUUCUGUAGCAGUGCUGGUGAGGUCCCCUGGCAGUGGAACCAACCUGGUGUGUCAAAGGAAGCAGCCGUGAAGCAGCUCCAUGACAUACAGCUACUUCCACUCCAGUGA